UUCAGACCAUCGCCCUCGUACUGUGUGUGCUCGUCUGUGUCGUGCAGCGCUCUUAUACUCCAGCACAGUUCUAUAUAGUGCCGUGUAUAAAUACGAAUCUGCUGAUAUAAAACCGCUCUCAAAGUGAUUCGACUCGAAUUUUUUAAUAUUUCAGGUGAAUGUUUUGAAAUCACCGCUUCAAAACCAGUGACUACAGUUCAUUGUCAGUUUAUUUAAUAUAGCUAUAAAAAAAAGACUGAAAUUAUUACUGCGUCGUUCAAACUUGUGGGUGACAACCGAAAAAAUAAAAGAAUAAAACGCGCUUCUCUUGGAUUUUAAUAUGUGAUGGCCGGUGUUUCAUUGGGAAUCAAACACGCAAAACAAAGUUUUUCGUUGAAUGAUGGACAGAAAAAUGUUUUCGGAUUUUAGAUGAAUUCGUCGGAUGGGAGAUGAUUGUGAUUGUUAUUUACAGUAAGCGAAUAACGGUCUGCACCGUUCAGAGAAAUCCGCUUUGCCAGUAGCAGUUCGUCUUGUUUCGUCCAUCUUCAAUUUGUUGAACAGUAACUUUUCGUGAGCAGAGCAAAUGUUGGCCACCCUGAAGCGAUUAGUUUCGGCGCAUCGGUCUCGACUUUCAUCGAAAAUGACUCGACCACUCGGCACCGGCUCAGCUUUCCUUUUACUCUUGUUAUUCCAUUUGAGCAAUCAGCUAUUUACUAACGCCUCUUCACUGCCAUCAGCAGAUUCCAGUCGCAACAACUUGGAACCGCUUUCGCAGCAACAGCAGCCAGCGAACAAAGGUUCGUCACUAACUUCCAGCAACACUAAAAGUAGUGUGACAUCAGCCGAACUCUACGGCGACGGUUUCUCGUCGUCAUCUGCUGGAGCGGGAGCAUCGGGCGCCCUGUCGGCACGCUUCCUCACACCCAACGGCACUCUAAUCACGGCACAGCGCGGCACUCCGGCCAGCCUGCCUUGCGAGGUUGUCAGUCUCGGAGAUGGCGUGGUGACGUGGUUCCGGAGGAAAGACUUCCAUCUGCUGACGGUGGGACACGCCGUGUAUUCGAGCGACGAGCGAUUCCACGUCCAGGGGCCAAUGCGAUCCACCCAGACUCAAGAUUGGGCCCUGCAGAUCCGCUUCGUCCAGGAGCGCGACUCGGGAUUGUACGAAUGUCAACUGUCGACCCAUCCGCCCAGCAGCCUCUUCGUCGAGUUGGUCGUCGUCGAGGCGCACGCUGAAAUCGACGGCGGCCCGGAGAAGUACGUCAAGAGCGGGAGCACGUUGAAGCUGACGUGCCACCUGAGACAGAGCAGCGUGACCCCGGACUUCGUCUUCUGGUACCAGGACGAGCGUAUGAUCAACUACGAGGGAGCGGCCGGCGUCAAAGUCAUCAGCGAUGCCGCAUCCAGCACGCUCAUCAUUGAACGGGCCCAGAGCGUCCACUCGGGCAACUACUCAUGCGUUCCGUACAAUGUCAACCCGUCGUCCGUCAUCGUUCACAUCCUCAAUGGAGAGAAGCCGGCGGCGAUGCAGCACAGCAGUGCGGCACUUCACUGGUAUUCCGUGUCCGUCAUUUUCAUCGUCGAGUGUGUUUUCCUGAAGCUGAACGGCGUCGCCGGAUCCCUGCAGGAGUGGUUGUGACCGUCGAGACCCCAGCACUGCCCACCAACUGCUAUACCAUCGACUCAAAUCCUCCAUGUAGAAGAACGCAAUUGCGUGUGCUCUCUCCGGGUUUUCAACAUUACAUAAUGAAUUGGAUAACAGCGCAGCAAUCGAAACCAAAAUAAGUCUGAAGAAAGGGGAGAGAUGUUAUAAAAGCAAAAUGGCAAUAGAGUUAUUCACAAAUGUAUAUGAAUAUAACAUGUUGGUACUGCAUUACUGCAAGCGGUACGACUGAUGAUGGAGGGGGGAAAAUAUGGUGUCAUAAGAAAAUCACGGCCAUGUGAAGAUGAGAAAGUAGACAAACAUUUUUUCAGACGGAAUAUUAUUGCGAUCCAUUGUUUCAUCUACUCGUAUAAUUGUAUUCAAUCAACAACCACCAACAUACAAUAUAUAUAUAAUAAUCUAUUAUAGGGCUCGGCAUAUCUGUUUUGUUUUUUCUCGAAAUGUUGACGAGGGGCAUAUGUUUCUACUUUUUUUGAUAAAUCACUCAGUUUAUACAUCAUUUCUCUCUCAUCCAUUCACACACACUUUCUCCCUGUUAUUCGUUAAGUAAUACUCUAACGUGCAACUUUUGGGAGCGAUCGCUGGCGCGUUGUGUUUUCUUUCCUUUCGACAGAAAACAGCAGCCAUCCCUCAUCGGUUUGUUCUUGUUGUAUUUCUAUUGUUUUAUAUAUCUCUAAGCGAUUACGUAUUUCAAUUUAAAAAACAACAAAGGCAACAAAAAAAAUAUAUCUAUAUCCGAGAAAAAAACCGACAAUAUGACUCUCCACCAUUCACCCCAGAUAUUUGACCACGUUUCUACUCUCUACAAUAUGCGUUUCCGUUCACUGAUGCAUCAUAAUAAAUAUUAUAUAACUCGGCAUGUUGUCCCCCCCCCCCCCACAUCCCCAUCAUCCCCAUCCUUUCUUCUCCACCUUGGCUUUAAAAAAAAACACAUUGAUGGGAAGAGUUCUCUCUCCCUAUUACAUGAGCAGCAGAUAUGUUAUCUACUGCCGCUCGCAUAACUAUAUGUGAAUCAUACCAAAUGCAUAUUAUAUACAGUAUACUACUAUAUUAUAAAAACCAAAAUCACUUCCGUUAAUAAUAAAAGUGUCGAUUGCGUAAUCUAGCGCAGGUCUAGAAAGAGAGAGAGAGAAAAAAUAAUAAGAAAAGACAAAAUUUGCCAUGGAAACAACAUGUUAGGCGGUGUGAUGUCUUUUUUUAUUAUUGGAAUGUUGCUGCUGGUGACGCGGAAUCUGUAUAACAACAGCAUUACCCACCCCCCUCCCACCCUCCUCCCAAUUCCCCCAUAUUAUUAUUGUCAAACAAUAUACAGCCCAGCCCUCCUCGAAAUGAUGCGUCGGUUCUUGUCGUUAUAUAUAAAUAAUUCCCCGCUCACCUCUGUUGUUCCAUCCACAUUUUACGAUCCUUAUAAUACCCCUUCCCCACUCCACUCUGCCGCAGGCGACGUCCUAAUUCACUUUGCCCCAUCUCCAUAUAUGAAAAAAACCACGCCCCGAUAUAACCAACUCCAACAUGAAAAAUAACCCACACACAUUACAACUUACCCAUUUGAAACAAAACAACAAAAAAACUGAUCAGUUUCUGUAAAUAGACCUUGAUUAUUCAUGUAAA